AUGGAAAUAGAGGAAUUAGCUGAAGAGAACGUGAAGGAGGGGAGGCACCCACAACUGAGGCAGAAAGGAGAGGAGCCUAUACCCAAAAGGAAUGCUCCCCUACCAAUACCCUGGCACACUCCACAGCAGCAUGGUCCUCAGGGAAACAGCCUCCAGCCCUUUGAGUGGGAGCUAAGAGGAAUAGAAGUCCCAUCCAAGAUCUCCGAGUAUCCAUCCAGGUGUAAGCUUCAUGCCCUCCCUGAUCCUAUGAACAUGACCCUGCCUUCCUGGGCCCCUCAGGUGUGGACUCAUAGCAUAGCCUCGGGGGGACACCCUGAUGGAAAGAUUGGGGCAGCCCAGGACCCUACCUGGGCCCGCCUCCUUGGGACGGUUCCCUGGGCUGGGAGCCCUGGCCUCAGGCCAGCCGGGCCAGUUAUAAAAGAGAAGCUGCCAGCCGCUGGCACACCUGGCCCUCGGCUUCCCAGGGGACUGGCCAAAGUACCAGCUCCACCUGGCCCUGAACAUCUGGCAGAAGACGAGGAGGGGCGACUGAGGUUUGGGAAAAUGGAGACCCCUGGGGAGCAGCAGACGGGAGAGGGGCUGAUCGAGCUCUAUGACUCUUACCAGGACCUGUUCAACUUUUUUUGUACCCACACUACUAUCCAUGGCAUGGUGCGGCUCGUCUGCUCCAGCCGCAACCGGCUGAAGACGGCCUUCUGGAGCCUGCUCUUCCUGGCCACCUUCGGCAUACUCUACUGGCAGUUUGGGCUUCUCUUUGAACAGUACUGGAAAUACUCAGUCAUCAUGACUGUCUCUGUCCACUCGGAGCCCAAGAUGUUCCCUUCCAUUACACUCUGUGACAUGAACCCUCAUAGGUCUUUGCUUGUGGAGCCAUACCUGGAGGACCUGGAUGUAUUUGCCCAAGAGAACAUCUAUUCCUUGUACAAGUUAAACAUCACUGAAAGACAAGCAGGGAGUCAAGGCACCCCUGCUGCUGGCUCCAAUUCUGACAGAUCCUUCCACCUUGACCGAAGUAUCUACCUGGAGAAGCUGGAUGGGGAGGCCAAUAACACAGUGGGGUUCAGGCUGUGUAACAGCACAGGUGGUGACUGUUUCUACCGCACCCACUCCUCCGGGGUCCCAGCCGUCCAAGACUGGUACCAGUUCCACUUCAUCAACAUCAUGGCCCUGCUACCACCCCACAGCAAUGUAUCCCAUGAAGCCCAUGAUGGCAACUUCAUCUUCAGCUGCUGCUACAACGGGAAGGCCUGUCAGAAGCACGACUAUAAGAUCUUCCAACACCCCAUCUAUGGGAGCUGUUACACCUUCAACAAUGAAGGAAUGAAUAACUUCUGGCAAGCCAACCGGCCUGGGCUCACUCACGGAAUCAGCCUCAUUCUCAAGGCUGAGCCGAAUCAUCACCUCCCGUUGCUGUCCACUGAGGCUGGGGUCAAGGUCAUGAUCCAUGCCCAGAACCACACGCCUUUCCUGGAGUACCAGGGCUUCAACAUUCGUCCAGGCACUGAGACCACAAUUGGUGUGAGAGAGGAUGAGGUGCACCGGCUAGGGGGGCAGUAUGGCCGCUGCACAAAGGAGGGUGAGGACGUGGAUGUCCAGCUUCUCUAUGACAGUGCUUAUUCCACACAGGCUUGUCUGCACUCCUGCUUCCAGGAGCUAAUGAUCCAGACCUGUGGCUGUGGUUAUUACUUCUACCCACUCCCAAGGGGAGCCCAGUAUUGCAACUACAAUCGGCAUCCAGCCUGGGGUCACUGCUUCUACAAACUGUACCAAAACCUGGACUCCCACAGGCUCCCCUGCUUCAGUCGCUGCCCCAAGCCAUGCAGAGAAUCCUUGUACCACCUCUCAGCAGGGGUCGCCAAAUGGCCAUCAUCUAAGGCAGAGGACUGGAUCCUGUCCACACUGGGCAAGACGGAUUCCAAGAAAGAGAAGAAAGGCAUCGCCAAGGUCCACAUAUUCUACCAGCAGCUCAACUAUCGCUCCAUGGAUGAAACUCCGGUGUAUUCGGUCACCCAGCUUCUGUCCAGAAUGGGCAAUCUGUGGAGCCUGUGGUUUGGUUCCUCGGUCCUCUCGGUCGUGGAGAUGCUGGAGCUCCUUCUGGAUGCAGCAGCCCUGACCUUUGUCCUGGGCUACCGCCGCUUCCUUAGGUCCAGGACGAUGAGUGUGGAGGCCUCAGAGGGGCCUAGAGAGGGGGUGAGGGUGCUGGCCAUCCAGCAGGACCAAUCUCAGCCCCCAUGGAAGACGGAAACCACCUCAGGCAGCUCCAUUUCAGAAGGGAGCCCUCUUCAGGCACAUUCCUUGGGCAUCAUGGGCCAUGGGCGAUUCCGAGGGCCCUGGCUGCAGUCGGGCCUGAAGACAUAG